CAAUUUUUUUUUUUUAAAAAAGGAAUCAAGAUCGUCCCACGUAGACCCUACAAGUAUCACGAACCGUCCGUACUCUCAAAGACGAGCUGACAGACACUCUCCAAACCAUCCCCGUUACUCAGUAGCUCGCUCAACAACACCAACAAGAACACGAGCAAAAAGAAACAGCACCGUUUCAUUUCUUUUAGGUCCUUCAAUUUCUCCAAAAUCUUGAAUUUGGAUCCAUUUUCACCAUUUUUCUUGUAGAUAUCUUAUUAAUCCUUCAGAUUUUUAGUUCCGUAAUCUUGCUGUUGGACAUCUGGCUUGAUCUUCAACACCGGUUAUUGUAGAGAAGCUGAUACGAAUAUAACAAUGUCGGAACUCGGUUUUGAGCUGUCCCGAAACGGGAAUUUAAAGAACGUAAAGUGUAGUCAUAAUGCGGAGGGUAGUGAAGUAGACGAAUUAGAUUUCUCGAAGCUGUUGGACAGGCCGAGGACUCUGAAUAUGGAUAGUCAUAGGCAGAGGUCAUUUGAUGAGAGGUCUUUGACUGAAUUGGCAAUGGGGGUUUCUCCUCGUAUUUCGGCUAGAGGGGACAAUAGUUCUCGGGUUUUUGAUCAUGCAGAGUCUGUGUAUUCUCCUGGGAGAAGAUCGGGGUAUAAUACUCCGAGAGGGAAUCCCGAGUUUGAGACUCAUCCGGCUGUGGCUGAAGCUUGGGAUUCGUUGAGACGGUCUUUGGUUUACUUUCGUGGACAGCCUGUUGGGACUAUCGCUGCGUUGGAUAAUUCGGAUGAAAAGCUUAACUAUGAUCAGGUAUUUGUGAGAGACUUUGUCCCAAGUGGAUUGGCUUUUCUAAUGAAUGGAGAGCCAGAAAUUGUCAAGAACUUCAUUCUAAAAACUCUUCGCCUUCAGUCAUGGGAGAAAAAAAUCGAUAGAUUCCAGCUUGGAGAAGGAGUUAUGCCUGCCAGUUUUAAAGUACUCCAUGAUCCCGUCAGGAACAGUGAGACAUUGAUUGCAGAUUUUGGUGAGAGCGCAAUUGGGAGAGUGGCUCCUGUUGACUCUGGAUUUUGGUGGAUCAUAUUGCUCCGAGCAUACACCAAGUCUACUGGCGAUUCUUCAUUAGCUGAACUGCCAGAAUGUCAAAAGGGUAUGCGUCUAAUUUUGAGUUUGUGCCUUUCAGAGGGGUUUGAUACAUUCCCAACUCUCCUUUGUGCUGAUGGAUGCUGCAUGAUUGAUCGUAGAAUGGGCGUGUAUGGUUAUCCCAUUGAAAUUCAAGCACUUUUCUUCAUGGCUUUAAGGUGUGCUAUGGUUUUACUGAAGCAAGAUGAAGAAGGAAAAGAGUUCGUGGAGAAAAUUGUCAAACGUCUUCAUGCCUUGAGCUUUCAUAUGAGGAGUUAUUUCUGGAUUGACUUGAAGCAGCUUAAUGAUAUAUACCGCUAUAAAACAGAGGAAUAUUCUCAUACUGCAGUUAACAAAUUUAACGUAAUACCUGAUUCUCUUCCGGAAUGGAUUUUUGAUUUUAUGCCAACUCAUGGCGGCUAUUUUAUUGGUAAUGUCAGUCCUGCAAAAAUGGACUUCCGUUGGUUUUGCCUGGGUAAUUGUAUCGCAAUCCUGUCAUCCUUGGCAACUCCUGAACAAUCCAUCGCAAUCAUGGAUCUUAUAGAAUCAAAAUGGGAGGAGUUGGUUGGAGAAAUGCCACUCAAGGUGUGUUAUCCGGCUAUAGAGAGCCAUGAAUGGCGGAUUAUAACUGGAUGUGACCCUAAAAACACCAGAUGGAGUUACCACAAUGGAGGAUCCUGGCCAGUGCUUUUAUGGCUUCUAACAGCAGCAUGUAUCAAGACUGGGCGACCACAAAUAGCAAGGCGUGCCAUUGAACUUGCAGAAAGCAGAUUGAUGAAAGACAGCUGGCCUGAAUAUUAUGACGGGAAGCUCGGACGAUUCGUUGGAAAGCAAGCGCGGAAAUGUCAAACCUGGUCCAUCGCAGGUUACUUGGUGGCAAAAAUGAUGCUGGAAGAUCCCUCCCAUUUGGGUAUGAUAGCACUAGAGGAAGACAAACAAAUGAAGCCAGUCAUUAAAAGGUCAAAUUCAUGGACUUUCUAAUGCAAAUUAUCUACUUGCUGUGUUUCUAGAUUAGAUGUUAAUCUGGCCGCCUUGGGUGGGAGGACUCGAGUGUAGCUUCCUAAUCACGGUUCCGACUCGGAAUGCUUACAUUGUUAGUAGCAUUCAACAUUAAUCUAUUGUGGUUUUCUCUGCUUAUUUGUUCAAUGGAAAAUAGUCUUUUUUGUAAUCAUAAAGCAAGGAAAGCUUUUUGCAA